AUGCCGAAAAAAGCAAAAGGAAAAAAAGGUGGCAAAGGAAAAAAGGGCAAAAAGGGUAAAAAAACUCAAGAAAAAGAAGAGGCAGCUCUUAAAAUGGGCCUUCAUAAUUCAAAUCUAUGGGAAGCUCAAGUGACCAUGAUGGAUCUAUCGCGGAAACAUUAUCGAGACAUAGCUAAUAGUCUGGCUAAUGAAAAUGAAGCCAUGCGGGAUCAAAUGCGUCUAACGGAAAAAGAUACCAUUGAUGUUGUAACUUUUCUUAAAAAACAAGAUGCUGAUAAAGAUGCCGACAUAGAUCGAUUCCAACAGAAUGUUAAAAUUCUCAAAAUGAACCAUCGAAAAAUGAAGGAUGAAUUAAUCAGUGAUUUUACUCGAGAAAAACGUCAAUUAGAUGACAAAUUAUCUCGGAAAGACAGCGAACUUGAAAUAGUUCGUCAUGAACUUAAUCAAGUGAAAGAAUUUCGUAAGAAAAAGACUCAAAUGCAAAAAGAACUCGAAGAAAUAAAAGAAGCAAUGAUCUCUAACGAACGUGAACAUAAAGAUACAGUAUCGAAAUUAGAACUGAAAUUUUUCGAAGAAAAAAUGCGUUUACAACAAGAAUCAAAUAAGAAAAUUGACGAAAUAGCUACACGCGCACAAGAAGAAGCAUUAAAAAGUUUAGACGAAACAAAUCGUAAUGUCUAUAAAGAAAAUAUUGAGCUUAUUGAAUCACUACGUACACAUAAACAAGAAAUGGAUGAAUUACAAAGAUUAAAAGAACAACUGUUAAGAUUAAUAGCAAAUACAAGUAAUGAUAAAGAAUUAAAUGAAAUAUUAAUAAAAGAAAAACUUGAACAAGUUCACAAACAAAAUAAUGUUAUCAGAGAAUUAAAAGAAAAAAUUCAGAUACUAGAAUCAUCAUUAACACAAUUUAUACAGGAAUUCGAUGUUGAACGAAAAAAUAUUAUUGAAGAAUCGCGUAUUAAACAUGAAUCAUCGCGUGCUGACAUAAUAAAAUUACAACGUGGAUUAGAAUUAAAAACAAAAGAAAUGAAUAAAGUUAGAAAAUUAGCUAAGAUUAUUAUUGAACAACGUACAGAAUUAGAAACAUUCUUCUUAGAUGCUUUACAACAUGUUAAAAAACAAAUUGCUUUAAAUCGUUUACAAUAUCGAAAAGAUGCAUUUAGUGCUUAUCAAAAUCGAAUGUUAAAUGCUCAUCAUGGACAAGGAGAUUAUCCCAGAAUACGAACAUUUAAUGAAACAUUUCAUGGAUACAGUACAAAUAGUGUUUUUCAUGAUUUAGAAGAAGCAACAAAAUGGACAAAUCUUGGUACAGAAGUUGAUAUUGCUGAUUUAACAUGGGAACAAAAAGAACAAGUACUUCGAGCUUUAUUCAUACGAAUGAAUGCAAGAAAAGCUAAUAUGACAGAAUUAACUAUGAACGAAAAUCGUUUGGAAAAUGAGAAUCGUCCGUUGGAUACUAAUCAUGAUAACAGAAAUAAUGCAUUUCUAACACAAGGAAUCAAUACAAUACAAAAUGGAAGUUCAUCUGAUUCAAGAAGUAACGGCAGCGUAUCCGACUUGCCUAAAUUACCUCAAAUUACUGCUGCAGCGACUACAUAA